AUGAAGUUCUCUGUCUCCGCCGCUCUCUUUUCUUUUGCUGGCUUUGUCUCCGCCUCUACCGUUGUUAGUCGUCAGAGCUGCCCACAAGCCACGCGGUUUGGUGUCAUGACUGUUAGCCCAACGACGGUCAAAGCAGGCGAUACCAUCCACAUUUCUGUUGACCUUACCUGCGGGGUGAAGAACUUUAAGAUUAUUCCGAAGUUUAUCGAUUACACCAUUGAGGUUCCAUCCAAUGCCAACAACGGAUUCCAGCCUCCAAUUGUCCUUGCUCGCCGUACAAUUCCCGCAGGCGCCCUCUCUGAUUCAUUCACGACCACGAUUCCUCAUGGAUACUAUGUCGCCAAUUCGCCAUACAAUGUUGUUCUGACUAAUAUCCACAACAUCGAUGGCACCGAUGGAAGUCCUGUUCUUGUCGAAGGUGGUGUUCUUGAACCUAUCAAAAUCAUCGUUUGA